AUGGCUCGCCUCGUGCCACUCGUUUUGCUUUCGUUGCUGCAGUCGUUCGUUACCGCGCAGGUUGUGCCGACGUGGCCCUCACCCUCGACCGACGAGCUCGAGGAUUUGAUGUUUCUAACUACCGGUUACCGAGCGAAGAACUUCGCUGAUGCAAUUACGCCUUGUUCGAAGCAGUCAACAGGCGGCUCCGGCCCCGGUCGCAUAGCCGCUGCUGAGUGGCUGAGAACGACCUUUCACGAUGCUGCCACUGGUAACGUUGCGCAGGGCAUAGGCGGAUUGGAUGCCUCUAUCGUUUAUGAGCUCAGAUCGGCCGAAAACGUCGGAACCGCCUUCACGAGCACCAUCACCACGUACGAACCGUUCUUCGGCCCGCGGCUGCCCAUGUCCGAAAUCAUCGCAAUCGGCACUUACGCCUCUGUCCGAGGCUGUGGUGGUCCAGCCAUUCCCGUGCGGCCGGGAAGAAUCGAUGCCAGAACCUCGGGCCUUUCUGGUGUACCUCAGCCACAGGAUUCUAUCGGGACCUUUCAAAAUCGUUUCGCUAGCCUAGGCAUGAAUGACAGCGAGAUGGUUGCCGUCACUGCAUGCGGCCACAGCAUUGGCGGCGUUCACGGGAAAAACUUCCCUCUCAUUGUGGCCGAUCCAGAUGCUUUCCAAGCUAUGGACACGAGCGAGGCUGCCUUCGAUGAACGCAUUGCCACCGAGUACGUUGAUGGCACCACAACCAACCCUCUUGUCAAAGGGCUCUCGGUCCAAUACUCUCGCAACUCUGAUUUUGUCGUCAAUAUGGUCGACAACAACGCCACCAUCCGCAGGCUGACAGACCGGACUGUCUUUCGGAACACCUGCCGCGCUGUUUUGCAGAAGCUCAUCGAGGUCGUCCCCAGAACUGUAACACUUGCGGCGAACCCCCUGACGCCAUACGAGGUGAAGCCGUACGGUCUCCAGCUGUACCUCCAAGAUGGCGGUCUGAAUUUCACCUUCGCAGGCGAUAUUCGCGUUAGGACCACAAACCGUGCCGCAAGCAGCAUUGCCUCUGUGCAGCUCGUCUACAAAAACCGCUCCGGCGGGUCUGGCAGCGCCGUCAGCACAGUUGUCUCUGGCGCAGCCGGCGGCUUCGAUGACAGCUUCAGCUUCUACGGCUUCAACACCUCGGUUCCCACUUCGACAUCAAUCUCGAGCUUCAUCGUCGUAAUCAGUCGCACCGAUGGGACUACCGAAACUUUUGACAACAAUGGCGUCGGCUUCCCAGUCUCCGACUCACUGCUUCUGCAGUAUCCCCAAUCGUGCGCCUCCAACCCGGCCGCCAUUACGAUCACGGCAGCCGUCCGCAACACCACCUCCGGCACUCCUACUCUUAACUUCCUCGGCCGCCGUUAUACCAGUACAGUCAUCGUGCCCACCAUCAACACCACAUCCAGUGCUCUACGCAGCGCCGCCCUCAACGUAGGGCCGUACGCCAUAUUCAACCUCACCCUUUCCCUCAACGCCACGCAAUCCGCCAAAGGCCACUUUAACCUCACCCUCCCGGGCUCCCCCGCAGUCGACCUGACCCUUCUCUCCACGCUCCCCAGCACCUGCCGCACCCUCUCCGCCACGGCCGCUCCCAGCAGCAGCACACCGCCCGCCACCAACACGACCACGCCCUCCUCCUACACCUCCCUCGGCUGCGUCACGGACCCCUUCCCCAGCACGCCCCGCGUCCUCUCCGGCCCCUUCACCUACUCCUCCACCAACAUGAGCACCGCCCUCUGCUCCACCUUCUGCCGCAAUUACGCCCUCUUCGGCCUCGAAUACGGCGCGGAAUGCUACUGCGGCAACACCCUGUCCUCGUCCAGCGCCCCCGCCCCCUCCACCAGCACCGGCUGCGCCAUGCCCUGCAGCGGCGACGCCACCGCCACGUGCGGCGGACCCAACGCGCUCAGUUUGUACCGCAACGAUGCGUACGUCGCGCCUGCGAACCCCGCCGGUGUGGGCGGCUGGGCGUACCAAGGCUGCUGGAGCGACGACGUCGGCGAUCGCACGCUCACGGGCUGGCGCGUCAAUGAUGCUGAGGCGCUGACGGUGGAGAAGUGCGCGGCGGUGUGUGACGCGCAGGAGGGGAUGGGGGUGAUGGGUUUGGAGUAUGGGGCCGAGUGCUACUGUGGGAUUGCGGUGGGCGGGCAGGGGACGCAGGUCGCGGAGGACGGGUGUAAUAUGGUAUGUAGCGGGAAUGGAAGGGAGACGUGUGGGGGACCGGCGAGGUUGAGCUUGUAUGUUAAGGGGAAUGGGACGGGUAGUAGUACUGGUGGAAGUAGUAAUGCGAGGCGGUGGGUUGCUUAG